AUUGUCCGUGGCGGGUCGCAGUCAUCCGGCCGGGCACGCAGGCUCGCAGGCUGCUCUUCGAUCAGCGCGAGCCGAGGCGCGGAGCACGGCCCAGCAGAGCUUCAGCUUUGUUCGCCGAAGAUCGGAGCCGACGGGCUUUCGGGGACAAUAGUGUGUCCUGGUGGAGGGUGGAUCGGAGCAGCAGGGCCUGGAGGCCGAGGACGGAAUCCCGGGAUUCCACUUUCUUUUUCUUCUUCAUCUUCUUCAUCACCAUCAUCUUCUUCGUCUUCUUGUAGAGCGGGACGGGGCUUAUCAUCGCCGAGUAUCGGUGUUGAUCGGAUCGUUUGCGCAGGUUGUCGAGGAGCGCUUUGCUGGCUCGACCCAGAGUCUGUUUUGUGUCCCCAGGUUGUCCGUGGAGAUGGCAACCAUCGAUAUAGAAUCGAUUCUGAAAGAGUCCACUGAGACGAGGAGGUUGCAAAAGACGAAGAUCAUCUGCACGUUGGGGCCCAAGUCUCGAGAUGUCGAUAUGCUGGAGAAGAUGCUCCGCGCGGGAAUGAACGUCGCUCGGUUCAAUUUCUCCCAUGGAUCGUACGAAUACCAUCAGGAAACGCUGGAAAAUCUGAAAACGGCUAUGUCCAAUACGCAAAUUAUGUGCGCUGUCCUUCUUGACACUAAGGGUCCAGAAAUUCGUACCGGGAUGUUGAAAGAUGGAAAGCCAGUUCAAAUCACCAAGGAUAAAGAGAUCACUCUCACUACAGAUUACGAGUUCAAGGGUGAUGAGAACACUAUCGCGUUGAGUUACAAGAAGUUGCCGCAAGACGUUUCCCCCGGUAGUACGAUUCUGAUUGGAGACGGAAGUAUUACGUUGACGGUAUUGGAAUGCGAUGUAGGAGGAGGAAAAGUGAAAUGCAAAUGUAUGAAUUCUGCCAUGCUCGGUGAGAGGAAAAACUGUAAUCUCCCGGGUGUCGUCGUGGAUCUGCCUACCGUCACCAAGAAGGAUGAGGACGACAUCUUGAUUUGGGGCGUUGCAAACAAAAUAGACUUCAUUGCUGCGUCUUUUGUGCGCAAAGGAAGUGAUGUUGUGAAAAUUAAGGAGCUUCUUGGUCCGCAUUCCAAGACCAUCCACAUUAUCUCAAAGGUUGAGAAUCAGGAAGGUCUCGUGAACUUCGACGACAUACUGAGAGAAAGUGACGGUAUUAUGGUUGCAAGAGGAGAUCUUGGUAUGGAGAUCCCCACGGAGAAAAUUUUCUUGGCACAAAAGAUGAUGAUCUUCAAGUGCAACUCAGCAGGAAAGCCCGUGGUGACUGCCACUCAAAUGCUGGAGUCUAUGUGCAAAUCUCCCCGUCCGACCAGAGCAGAAGCCACAGAUGUAGCCAACGCAGUGCUGGAUGGAACCGAUGCUGUCAUGUUGAGUGGAGAAACAGCAGCAGGUGCUUAUCCAGAAAAUGCGGUAAAGAUUAUGGCGGCCAUAUGCCGUGAAGCAGAGGCAUCUCUUGAUUACGAUGCUAUCUUCAAAAGUGUAAUGAAAUCAGCUCCACUUCCCAUGACGCCAUUGGAAAGUCUGGCAUCCUCUGCGGUGCGAACUGCUAAUAAAGUACGAGCGACUUUGAUCAUUGUCCUAACACGGGGUGGAAGUACGGCAAAACUUGUCGCAAAGUACCGUCCCUCUGUUCCUAUUCUCUCAGUUGCAGUACCUGUGAUGACAACGGAUAGCCUGACUUGGGAGCUUAGCGAGGAAGCACCUGCUCGUCACAGUCUUGUAUGUCGAGGAUUGAUUCCCCUUCUUGCGGAAGGCGCAGCUAAAGCCACCGACUCUGACACAACAGAUGAAAUUCUCAAUGCUGCUAUCAGCCACGCUUUGAAGACGAACCUUUGCCAACACGGGGAUGCAAUCGUGGCUCUUCAUCGUAUUGGUGCAGCAUCGGUCAUCAAGAUUAUGGACAUCAAGUAGUAGCCUCUUUUUCUAACCCCUCUUUUUUUGUCCCCGGAGAGUUUAACGAAUAAAAGUUCUCCUCAAUGGCCUGAUAAUUUACUGAUGAGUGACAUUGUUUCAUCGUCGUGUUUCACGUUCCUUGACCUUUGAAGAUGGUAGUUAGCAGCAUGUGCUACUAACUACACUACUUGGGUCUUUCAAACCCGUUUUGUAGCUUCGCAUCUUAUGUGUGUUAGUAAGAUAUGACCCUUGUAGAGUGGAAAUCUACUCAAGACAUGUAACAAGAUGUCAUCGGCCACAUUGAAUAAGUUCUACGAUGUUGCAGGGCCCGGAGACGAGGCUCCUGUCCGGGAUCUGGAGAAAUCUAUGGAGUCUCCAAGUCUCGGAAGUGGGCUCCUUCCGUCCUGGGAUUACUUAACUCCUUGAGUUCGUAUAGGAACUAACAAGUAAUCACCACUGCAGCUGCUUUUCUUUUUAUCGGUGUUUGCACCGACUCUUUAAAUGAGGACGUUGCGUCCCUCUGUCUAUAUAUCAUCGGAGGGCUCAGGAGAACCGAGUUUCAGCUU